AUGUCGACGCCCGACGAGCUGACCGCCCUCAUCCAGAAUCUGCAAAAGUGCAACAACACGAGCGAGUCGAUCAACUUUGACCUGGCGAGCACCAUCCAGGAGUUCCUCAACUGCCUGGAUAGGAACGUACUGGAGGAGCUCGAGGGGGGAGCGCACGAAGGGGAGAAGGAGCGGGAGAGUGACAGAGAGCGGGAGAAGGAGGGUGAACGAGAGCGGGAACAAGACGUGGCGAACAGCUUCACCUCAGCGGCCAUUUUCGUGGAAAACUGCGUCAAAAUCUUCGGCCUGAAAAUCGAGCACUUGCACAAUUUGGCCCACAACACGCUCUACAAUAUUUACAGAGAGAACAAACACAGCAAUGCGGGGAAGAAGCACAUGGUCAUGUCCGACGAGGAGGAGUACCUGUUCAUUAACGAAGUAAAGAACUUAAAGAGCUGCCCCGGGGAGAGCGAGCCGUGCAUGGAGGAGGACCUGCUCGUCAAGACGAUUCCGCUGCCCACGUUUCUCUUUUCGGAGAAUGUGAAGAAGAAGGAGGGCGCCGCGGAGGUGGAUAGCGAGCUGGGCAUCGACUUGAGCGCCGACUUGGACACCCCCCGCCGCAGCGACAAUGGAAGUGGCACUGACGAUCGCAGGGGUCAUUCCAACCUGUCAAAGGAAAGCGAAGAAGCUGCGAGGGAGGCGAACGGGGAAACCGAUUCCAUCGCGUCGUCCCCCGCGUGGAGGAAGGGGGAAAAUGACCGCCUGACCGAGGAAGCAGAGGAAGUGCUCGAACAGAAUUCCCUAAAACCGCUAAACUUUGACAAAAUGUACCUCGAAAACGACGGAAUUCUUCUCCUAGACAUCAACGAUUAUAACGUUUUUAUAAAUGACGAAUACGACAUGUCCAUUUUAAACCAAAACAGCUCCAUGCUCUUCGAAAAAUACGAUUUCUCUUGCUCCAGACAUUCCACCUAUUUGUCUCCUGCCAAUCUGACCAAGUACAUUGAGAGGGAAAAGACGGUGGGAGACAUCUACAGAACUUACCAUUUUAAUGACAUCCUGAGUGACGAUUUAUGCUCAGACGUCUUCCUCUUCAAGAGUGACUUCUCCCAUUAUGACCUCGCCCUAGGCAUUAUCAAGAGCAAGAAGUAUCUGCUAAGCAGGUUUAAGGAGCAGAAGAAGUACCUGUACGUUCUGGAUGAGAAUGCCCACAUGGACAAGGACAGGGUGGGCACUUCCACAAUAGAAAAGAAUGACAUAAAAAGGAAGUUACCGCACUACUACAUGCUCAACUGCCAGAAUAUCAAACGUGCGCAGGAUUUCUUCACCUACAUGCAGCCCAGCCAAAUUAUAGACAUCAUCACCAGGAAUGCGCGGAGGAGAUACCUUUCGUGCCUCCCGAGUGGGGAGACUUCCCAGGGGGGGCAAAGUGGCAACGCGGCUGGGGCGGACUCGCCAGUGGGAGGCGCUGCUUCACACACUUCUCCACCCGCUACACCCGCUCCACCCCCCCCGGGCCGCUCCACCGACCAGAAGCUGUUUGAACAAAUAAAAAUCCCAGACAUCUACGUGCAAAAGCUGGGGCUCAACUUUCGCUACUACCACCUGGAGCCCCUCAUCUACAACUUAAUAAAAGAGCUGAAGAAAAAAAAAAACGUCGAGAAAUACUUCUCCCUAAAUUUGUUUGACGAGCAGAACAAUUACGACUUUGACAUUCUGCAGGACGAGGAGUACGCGGAUGAGCAGAACGAGGGAAACGCAGCCGCCGAGGGGGAGGGCAACUUAACAGAUGAAAACUUCCUGGAUGUGAGAUCAUUAAAUGGUGACAUGGUGGGUGGCAUGAUGGGCGGCAUGAUGGGCGGCAUGAUGGAUGACAUUCCGCUGGACGUCUUCGAGAAGAAGGACUCCUCCGACGCGUUUUUCGCCUCCUUCGACGAGGACAUUCACGACCGGGUCAACAAGUGGAACGCCUUCCUCGAAGAGAAGCUGCAGCUCCUGAGGAGCCACCCCAAAUAUGAUGUAGACCAGUACAAGAAAAACAUCAUCCACCACACCCUCAACAGCGGAGCGAAAACCCCCCUCUGCAACCUCAUCAAAGAUAGGGAGCCCUACCAAGUGUGCAGGAACUUUCUCACCACCCUCAUGCUCAUCAACACGAACAUGCUUCAAAUAAGUGAAGUCAAUCAGCACAGCCAAUCCAACGACGUGAGUAACUACCAAAUUAAUGUGAAAAAGGAAAACGUGCAGGAGUACCUUGGCUCAUCCAAGAGGUUCAAAAAUGCCAGCUUCGCCAUAAAGGAUAAGAAGAGAAAGACCGCCUCCAAGGGCGGGACGCGGAAUGCCAAGCCCGCCAAGAAGAAGCCGCACAAGGAUUAG